AGCCGUCAUCUUUAGUUUCGUUUGUCAUUCUUUCUUUUGUUUUCUGUUUGCGGUCAUUAAAUUGUUUUAAUAAAUUAUUCAUAAUUUACAAUAAACGCGAAAAAACAUACGAAUAUUUUUGCUAUUGUAAGCUACAAGUGUGUGAUGUUAUAAAAAAAGUACGCGAAAAAACAAGUGAAAAAUCUAAUUAGAAUAAAUUUGCCAUAAAAAAAUCCAAGAAAAAGCAGGAAAUUUAGUUGGUGGUAAUUAGUAAAAGUGUUGUAAAACAAGUGUGAGUGUAAAACAAAAAUAAUAAAAGAAUAUAAAACACCGGUUUUUGUGAGGAAAAUUGCAAACCAACAACAAUAAAACUGCAGUGCAUUAAAAGUGAAACAAAAAAAAAAGAAGUUCAAUAAAAAUCUCUUGCCUUCUGUGUUAAUUAAUAGAUUUGCAAAAUUUCUGUCCGUUUUUUUUACAACAAAUUGCAACAACAUAAAGAAAUUCCUUUAUAACAAAAGAAAAACACAUAAACACACAAACAAAUUAGAGAAAAAAGAAAAAAAUAAAGCAACAACAACAAAAAGAUAGCAAAAAAAACCAGACACCAGCAACAACAACAAAAAAGAAAAAGUAAACAAAAGUUCAAUUUGCCGAGUUUUUACAAUAAACUUGCCGUCAGUGUUAUUGUUGUUUUUGUGUCUUUACGAUAAAGUGAGCAAAAAAGUGUUGGUAAACGUUUUGUUUUUGAAAGCUGCACAAGAGAGAUUUUUCUAGUUCUAAUUGUGUACAAAAUUUGUUUAUGUAUGUGUGUGUGUUUAUAAUUGUCUCAUAUGCGCCAAACGCCUGAAUCGCCUACACUCUGCACCCCCAUAUAAAAGAAAUUCAUAAGUGUUUUUAAGUGUUUGUGUAUGUGUAUAUGUAUGGACUUGAACCGAUUACCCAAGUGUGAGUAGCAACAAGCUGUGUUUGUAUCAUUAACUACUAGCACAACAAUUAAAACUAUUGCCAUCUCCACACACACACACACCUGCAUUCUCUCAUCUCAGCAAUUCUCAUAGUCAUCGUUCACCAACACACACACACACAUACACCCUACUUUCCAAAGUCAUGAAUAUGCAGACUGUUCAGUUUAUGGGUCCUGCACAACAACAGCAACAACCACCACCAUUUCGAUAUAAUGGACCACCAUUGCAUACAAUGCAACAGCAACAACACCAACAGCAUCCACAUCACCAGCAACAUCCACAUCCCCAUCAUGUACUGCAACAGCAACAACAUCAACCAGCCUGGUUUGUUAAUAAUGGCAGUAGUACAACUGUUCCAGCUCCAGGUGCUGGUAUAGGUGGAGGUGGUGGUAUUAGUGUUAGUGGCAUUGAAUCUGCUAGUACUAGUUCUGUUACAAAUGCUGGUUUUCUGCCAAAUACAAAUCCAAUUUGUAGCACUACACCAAUUAAAGGAAAGCAACAUUCUUCUUUUCAAAAUCCAACAACAUUUAAUAAUCCCAAACAACAACAUCAACAACAAACAACAGCAUCACCGGCGUCAGCAUUAAUACAGAAUCAACAACAGCAACAACAAAACUUUCAACAGUCAUCGACAUCGUCAACAACAUCAUUUCCUCAUAAUACAACCAAUAAUCCCCCGGUGGCGGCCACAUCUGCUACAUCAACUAGUCUGGGUCAAAAUUAUAUUAAUUGCAACACAUUUUCAAAGGCAUUACAACAACAACAACAGCAACACAUUACAAUGGGUCCGACAAAUAUAAAUGGUACACAACAACAACAGCAACCGGCUCAAUUGCAACAAUUACAACAAAUGCAACAUCAGCCACAACAACAUCUGCAGCAACAGCAGCAGCAACAACAACAGGUUACAACUGAUAAUCAGCAUCAUCAUAUACAACAGCAGCAACAACUGCAGCAGCAACAACAACAGCAACAAGCGGGCUCCGAUCAGCUGUCGAAAACAAACGUUUAUAUACGUGGUCUACCCGAGGGUACGACCGAUAAGGAUCUAGUUAUUUUAUGUUCAGAAUAUGGUACUAUUGUAUCAGCCAAAGCUAUUUUUGAUAAAACAACAAAAAAAUGUAAAGGUUAUGGUUUUGUAGAUUUUGAAUCACCAGCAUACGCUGAUAAUGCCGUUAAAUCGUUGCAGGCAAAAGGCAUUAAAGCACAAAUGGCAAAAGUGGGUGUUUGGGUGCUACUUAGGCCGGCCAUUCAACAAGAACAAGAUCCAACAAAUUUGUAUAUAACAAAUUUGCCACCAUAUUUCAAAGAGACUGAUUUAGAGAAAAUGCUAUCCAAGUACGGGCAUGUGGUAUCGACAAAAAUCUUAUGUGAUGCACAAAUGAAUUCAAGAGGUGUGGGCUUUGCACGCAUGGAAAGUCGUGAGAAAUGUGAACAGAUUAUACAGGUUUUGAAUGGUACUACAAUACCGGGUGCUAAUGAUCCAUUGGUGGUGAAAUUCGCCGAUAGUUGUUCGUCGGCUAAAAAGAAUUUAUUGAAGGCACGAGAUCCCAAUAAUCGCUCACGUCUGGAUAUAUCGGCCGGAACCACAGGUAUGGAAAGUAUACCUGUGACCCCUGAUCCAGGGGCUCAGCAAAAUGGUAGUACAGCUGGCUAUACUCGUUUUGGUACACCCCAAAUAGGUAGUUAUCCAUUGGCUAGUUCUCCCUGGAUACCCGGCUAUAUGAUGGCAGCCGCGGCCACACAACCCGCUACGGCCUUCGAAAAUCAGUAUUUACAAUUGGCCUCCUCGCCACAACAUUUGAGUGUUUCACCUUAUAAGCCGGAUUUGGUAAAUGCCCUACAGGCUCCGGGCAUGUAUUUGAAUGGUUCAGAGGCUGUUAUGCAAUAUGGUGCUAUGAUGGGUCCACCUAUGGGACCUUUACAGUAUAUAAGCCCUACAUAUCCCUAUUAUGCUCCAGCACCUCCUAUGAUUCCUACCAUGUCUUUAACAGAUUCUACAGAUCAAACAUUGAGUACUGCAGCUUCGCCUAAUGGUGCUGCCUAUACGCAAUUCUUACAUCCCUUAGCACCCAAGUAGAUAAAUUUACUAUUAAGUUCUGUCUAAUUCAUAAAACCAGCGGAAGUGUAGUAAGAAACCAAAACAUUUUUCCAAUUUUUUGUGUUGAAAAAACUUAAAAUUUAAGAUU